AUGGCUUCGCAUUCUCGUGACAACCACCUCCGGGCUCUGCGUCACGUCUACACCGCCAACGACCCCCUCAGCAGACAAGCCGUCUUCACCAAAGUGCGAGAAGGCGCCCAGACCACCUACAGCGAGGGCGGCUUGGCCAUUGACACCAUCUACGGGGCAUCCACGCUGGACACGCACCCCGGCCAGGACAGCGAGGCUGCAGCCCGCAGUGCGCUCGGAGCCGGUGCCGCGAGCCCGGGCGGGACCGUCUGCAGGGUCGUCGACUUUGCACCCCUGCACGAAUGCGCCAUGAGCCGCGGCCAGAACCUCGACUACGCGGCCGUGAUUGAGGGCAGCAUUGUGCUGAGCCUGGACUCGGGCCAGGAGACGAGGCUGGAGCGCGGCGACGUGGCUGUACAGCGGGCGGCGAGCCACGUCUGGCGGAACCCGAGCAAGACGGAGUGGGCCAGGGUGUUUUUCGUCCUCCAAGAUUCUUCACCGACCACGCCGAGCAGCAGCAAGUGCUACAUAUAG